CAAACCAUAAUGCAUUAGACCGAUUUGUAUUGUUCAGAAAUGAGCUGCGGUCGAUAAUGUGAACGCGGAAACGUGACAGAAGAUCUAACCUUCUUUAAUGGCGAAAACUUCAAGUAAAAGUUGGGUGAAACUAUCCGAUUUUGCAUAUGUGGGAAAUAAAUAAAUAACGUAGUGGCACCACGUGCUUCUCACGUGGCAAAAAAGUGGCUUCGUGAAGCACUGGAACAAAGUUUGAAACAUGGCCGAUGGCAGUUCAGCCCUGCGGGUCUUCGCUCUGCGGCUGGGCCCUGGCGAGGAGCUCCUCUCCUCCCUGCUCUCGUUUGUGGAGGAGAGGAAACUCCGGGCGCCGUUCAUCGUCACCUGUGUGGGGAGCGUCACCAAGGCAACGCUCCGGCUGGCAAACGCCACCGCAGGGAAUACCAAUGAGGUGAUUCAGCUGAACGAGCGCUUUGAGAUCGUGUCCUUGGUGGGAACGCUGAACAAGGAGGCUCACCUGCACAUCUCCCUCGCUGACAAAGACGGGAAGACUGUGGGCGGUCACGUCCUCGGAGACCUGGAGGUGUUUACCACGGCCGAGGUGGUCAUUGGAGAAGCAGCCAACCUCCAGUUCAGCAGAGAGAUGGAUGCACGCACUGGCUUCCCCGAGCUGGUCAUUCGUCCUCGCUAGGAGAAAAGCAGUUAAACUGUGCUUCUUUGUGUUGUUGGUGUUUAUAAAAAAAACUGGAUGAAUUCCUGUGUUAUUCGUCUUCAUAAAAUUGAACAUUUAUCGGUGUGCAGCAAUCUCUUAACAGCUGGAAACCCUUUAAAAUGAGUUUUCAUUUGACAGACAUUUCAUAUUAGGCUGUCAGGAGAUAGGUAUCUCUAAGAAAAGUGCAUGUUAAAAUACUAUGCACAGUAUACUCCAUCAGUCUCUCCGUCCCUCAAACACAAGGAGAUGCUUUGUGGUGAGGAGCUAAAAUACUAAGACCAAAAUAUUUCUCAGAUCUGUUUGAGUCAGUAUGGAUGAGGAUGUUUAGCUAGUCAGCAAGAUCCACUUCAAUAGAAUUCAGUUACUUUAAAGCAUGUUCUCUUUUUUCUGUUGUUUGAAAUAUAUUUACGAGGGAUAGUUCCUGUAAGGUUA